AUGACUUUGCCGCAAAGUAUUGGCAAACAAAUCAAAUUUUACAUCAAGGGGUUCUUUGCAUUGGGUCUUUUGUUGACCAGUGCCACUUAUGGUGUGCUAUGUUCGCUCUUCUUCUCGGCGAUCGGGAAAAGAGACCUGGCCCAAUGGAGCACGGCAAGAUUUUACUACAACCUGUUCAGUUCCGUUAUGCGUAUUAAUAUCGAAAUCGAAAACCAAGAGAGACUUAAUGGGUUGCCGGCUAUAUUGAUCUCCAACCAUCAGUCGGAAUUGGACAUUCUCGUGUUGGGUAGAAUCUUCCCUAAACGGUGUGUUGUGACCGCAAAGAAACAGCUCAAACUGAUUCCAUUUUUGGGCUGGUUCAUGGCUCUUUCGGGAACUUUCUUCCUUGAUAGAGCAAACCACGAAAAGGCCAUUCGCGUGCUCAACAAUGCCCUAGACAACCUCAAAGAGACAAACGGAGGAUUGUUUAUGUUCCCUGAAGGAACCAGAUCGUAUUCGUCCAAACCUACCCUACUUCCUUUCAAGAAGGGGGCUUUCCAUCUUGCCGUUCAAGCCCAAAUUCCGAUCAUUCCAGUCGUGGUUUCCAACACCUCUAAUUUGUACAGUCUGAAGCUCAAAAACUUUAACACCGGAACCAUCAAAAUCAAGGUGCUGGAACCAAUCUCUACUGAAGGACUUACAAAGGAAGAUGUUCCUAAGCUGGUCGAGGCUACCCAGGCUAGUAUGGAGUCGGAAUUGCUUUCCAUUGGCAUGAGCGUGGUGAAGGGUGAGAAAGUUGUUGGGGAAGCUGAGGCUCUACUCCCACAUGAGGCGCAGUAA